UCGUUCGCUGUCACAUUAGGUUAGGACGCUUAAUUCAUCACUCGUGUUGAUUUUUAACGAUUAAUUCAACGAUAAUAACGAUAUCUUUAUUCUGAUUUAGAUAAUCUAUAAGAAACAACAUGCCAAAAGUUCGUCGUAGUCGUAAGUCACCCCCAGAGGGCUGGGAGCUUAUCGAGCCAACUCUCGAAGAGUUGGAACAGAAGAUGCGUGAAGCCGAAACUGAACCCCACGAAGGAAAGCGUAAACAAGAAUCACUCUGGCCCAUAUUCAAGAUUCAUCACCAGAAAUCUCGCUACAUCUACGAUCUGUUCUACCGACGAAAGGCCAUCAGCCGCGAGCUCUAUCAGUACUGCCUUGACGAAAAAAUUGCAGACGCAAACCUAAUCGCCAAAUGGAAGAAGACAGGUUAUGAAAAUCUGUGCUGCUUGAGAUGUAUACAGACCCGUGACACCAAUUUUGCUACAAAUUGUAUUUGCAGAGUGCCUAAGAGUAAGUUGGAAGAAGGCCGUAUUGUGGAGUGUGUGCACUGUGGCUGCAGAGGAUGCUCCGGGUAGUUGUGUAUGAAUAUAAUUAUUGUAAGAAUCUUAGGCUAUGCAAACUUUGAAAAAUCA